AACGUUGUUAUAUGUUAUAUUUCGAUUACUCUUUGAAAAGUAAACAUCGUGGAGCUUGCAUGGCGUCAAAUGACCAACUUAUCCACCUGGCUGCUGGAGGCCUGGGAGGAACAGCAGGGGCAGUACUGACAUGUCCAUUGGAAGUGGUAAAAACAAGACUUCAGUCUUCCACAAGUACAUUCCAUUAUCCAGCAGCAACAUCAACAGCUAGGCCCACAUGUCUUGUGUCAAACUAUUCUGCAUUCCAUUCUACUCCUAGUAGUACAUUUGUGACAAUUAGAAAUGUUGGAACUAUUGCUAAUGUUUCCGAAGUGGCAUUGGUGCAUGCAAGGAGUCGUUCCAUUGGAUUAUAUUUCUGUCUCAGACAAAUUGUGCUACAUGAAGGUAUUAAAGGUUUAUUCAAGGGUUUGGGACCAAACUUGAUUGGUGUCAUUCCAUCAAGAGCCAUAUAUUUCUAUUCCUAUGCCAACAUGAAAAAGUUCCUGAACACACGAAUGAAUCCAGAUACUUCUCUAGUCCACAUUUACUCAGCUAUCACUGCAGGUUUCUGUGCUUGUACUACUACCAACCCUAUAUGGUUUAUCAAGACCAAGCUCCAACUUGAUCAGAAGAGAACCAACUCCCUGACUUGUAUAGAAUGUAUCAAGAACACAUACAGGACAUACGGGCUUCCUGGCUUCUACAAAGGCAUUACUGCUUCUUACGUCGGCAUUACAGAAACUGUCAUACAUUUUGUCAUCUACGAAGCUCUGAAAGAGAAGUUAAAAUGUAAUGACAACCUUGCCUAUAACAGUCAAAAGAGUGAAGAACCCUUUAUCAACAGCUUCUUUCGGUGUAUGUUGGCUGGAGCCAUUUCCAAAACCUUUGCUACUUGCAUUGCUUAUCCUCACGAGGUGGCAAGAACACGGUUACGGGAAGAUGGCAACAAGUAUCAGACAUUCAUACAGACCUUAAGACAAGUGUGCAAGGAGGGUGGGAUAAAGGGAAUGUACGGUGGACUCUGUACACAACUUGUACGUCAGAUCCCUAACACUGCUAUUAUGAUGGCUACGUAUGAAGGGGUUGUCUACUACUUCAAUCACAUCAAUUAUGGGGAUGACACGUGAUGGGAAUCUAGUCCAAAAAUCAAGGUGCUAUGUUUGGUCUAGAUUGACCAUUCACAGAUUACUCAGUGAUGGAUUCCAAAGUCAUCCGUGAAUGAACCGGAUGGUACCUGAGCAGGUUCAAAUCAGAAGAGCAGAAAUGGUUUGACUAGUCUGUGGGCAUAAGUUUUGCUUUUACUAGCCAUUGAUUGAAUGCAAUAAAUUCUAGUCCCAAAUUGACUGCAUGUUGAAGAUGAUAUGAGAUCCAACGGUGUCUGUCAACCACGUUGUUAACAUCAAUACUGCUAAGAUCUGGUACUACUAAGUAAUCUCAUUCAAUAGAUUUGCUUGUUGUGAGUCAAGUUCAAAAUUUUCCAUAAGCAAAUUCUAUUCUUUCAUCUAUGUUGUUUGAAUAGUGAAUGACAACAUCAGUCUAAACUAUACUUGUGUUCAUUGAUUUGAAAUAUCAUUGUUUUCUUUCUAUGUUCAUGUACAAAAAGAAAAAAAAAAGAAUGGAUUUCUAUCCUAUUAUCUUUUUAAAUUUCAUUUUAAAUAUUUUUCCAGAAAAUCAACCUCUAAUGUUAUGUAAUAUCAGUUUGACAUUUUAAAUUAAAAGCGACUGGUAUGGCAUUACAAUCCCACUAAAUGUGUUCUUAAUAUAGAGAGACAAUGAAUUCAAAAAGGUGUUGAUUUAGAAUUGAGAUACAAGUAGUCCUGUAAUUGUGAUAUUGUUCAAUGUCGGAGUGUAUCUGUAAGACAUUCUGAUUGUCAUAACUAAACAUAUCCUAUCAACUUAUAGAUCUACAUUUCCAGAUGAAAACUUGCAUCCCAUGUAAACUUGUGAUACUAAUAGUGCUAAUGACAAAUUCGCUUUUAAAAUGAGAUUGAUCAAUUUAUACCAUUUCUAUCAUCCCAGUUUAAAUUUGUCAAUUUUGUUUUACAUCAGAACAUUUUUAUUUCCUUUUUUCUCCAAUUUCCAAUGAAAACAGUUUUUAAAUACUCUUGACAAUUUCAUAUGGUUUGUUACCUAAAUACAUUAUGAUCUCAAGAUCUGAACUACUGGGAGAAAAUCUAUAAAGUUGUGUAGUUUUUUAUAUUUUAUGCAGGGAAGGGAGCAGUUUAUUCCGACCAUUUCAAUGGUCGUUCAUUUAUAUUGUGUUCUUUGUUUUUGUGUUAAGUCAUUUUUUGUUCUUCUGUUACAUGUUAUUAAUAAUUCCAAUCUAAUUUAAAUAAGACUUGAAUUCUUCUCCUCUGUGAUGGUAGUGUGUCCUGGAGGAGAGGGAUUGCAAGUCUUAUUUAAAAUAAAUUGUUAAUAAUUCCUUCUCUUAGGACAUUUGCAAAUCUGAAAAUAUUCUUUAGAAAGUUUGCAUAACUAAUUGAAGUGUUUGUGAUAAUCAUACCUAUUUGUAUAUAUUGACUUGACAGUAACAGUUCGGUGAAUAUUGAUUGUGAACAUAAAGUCAUGCAAAUAAAAGAAAUGCAAAUAUA